CAUCUGCUUACAUCUCUUGUCCAUUCAAGAACCCAUCUCCCUUACCCAUACCACGGUAUAACCUACUCUACCCUUCCUCUUAUAUUAUUAAUCUCCUACUUCUCUCUUUCCUCCUCUCUAUCUCUUUCCCACUCUAUUUCACGCUUCUAUUAAACACACGCUUAACUAAUACAUUACACACAAUGCGUGUCCUUUCUCUCACCCUGGCAGUGUCUUUGGCUCUUGUCGCUGUCACUUCCGCUGCACCUUUGCCUCUUCCAGCUCCUGACGAAUCAACCCAGUUCCUAUGCUUGGAGUCCUGUCUCCAGCAAGAAGAAGAGUGCUUACUCAACUCGUACAGCAUGGGACCCUGUGUUCAGUCCUUUGAUGACUGUCAUUCUCAGUGCAUAAUCGAGACUGAAAUUGAUGCCCCCAGGGUUCCUCCUCCUGAAGUUGAACCACCUGUUGAACCACCUGUUGAGACCCCUGUUGAGACUCCUGUUGAAACUCCUGUCGAGACCCCUGUCGAAACUCCUGUUGAGACCCCUGUCGAAACUCCUGUCGAAACUCCUGUUGAAACUCCUGUUGAGACCCCUGUUGAGACUGAAGUUAAGGCCCCUGUCGAGACCCCUGUCGAGACCCCUACCGAGACUCCUAUCGAGACUCCUGUUGAGACUGAAGUUAAGGCUCCAGUCGAAACUGAGGUCGAGACUGAAAUUAAGACCCCUGUUGAGACUAACGUUGAAAUCCCUGUCGAGACUGAGGAAGAUCAACCGAAUGAACAAAUUGAGAUCCCAAAAGAGACUGAAUUGCAUCAGAAUCAGGGUGGAGAAAACAAUUCGGAAUACGAGGACGAGGAGAACGAGGAGGUUGAGCACGAGGAUGACCAGGAUCCUGGCUUGCCUGAGGAAGAGCUCGAGCAGCAGGAGCAGCAGGAGCAGGGACAGGACGAUGAGAUCCCUAAUACCAUUACUGAUGGCGAUGGACAGGAAGAUACUGAAGAGUCUCCCGAGACUACCAGUGAUAGCGAUGUGCAAGUGAAGACUGAGGAGUCUCCUGAUACGAUCAUUUACAGUGAUGUGCAAGAGCAACCCGAGGAAUUCCCCGAUACAACGACUGGGGGCGAUAUGCAGGAAGAUACUGAAGAGUCUCCUGAAACCACCACUUAUGACGAUAUGCCGGAAGAUACUGAAGAGUUCCCUGAAACCACCACUGACGAUGUGCAAGAGCAGCCUGAGGAGUCUCCUGAUACAAUCAUUUACAGUGAUGUGCAAGAGCAACCCGAAGAAUUCCCCGAUACAACGACUGGGGGCGAUAUGCAGGAAGAUACUGAAGAGUCUCCUGAAACUACCACUGACGGUGUGCAGGAAGAGACCGAAGAGUCCCCUGAUACUACCAUUGAAAACGUGGAGACGUUUGCGGUCCCUGAGGAUGACCAAGAGGAUCCUUCAAUAACCGCCGACGACGAUCAACAUGAGGAUACUCCCGAGACUUCUCUUGAGGAUGACGGCGAGGAAGAGGAGUAUGAAUCACCCGUUGAUGGUUUCUAUGAAGAGGAGGAAGAAGAUGGUAGCAGUGCAUAUGGGGAGGAGGAGGAGGAGGAAAAUGACGAGGACUUUGGAUAUUAAGGAGAGGAUAGAAGAAAAGUAGACUCGCAUCUUCAGCAUAGAAUAACCUUUACGAGUAUAAUAGACUUUUAGAGCCAUCCCAAUAGACAACACCAUAACAGAAAAUGAUAAUGCUGUCACGUUGUCCAAUGGAGGUAAAAAAAAAUAAAAUAAAAAUAAAAACAAC